UCGCUCAAAUUCAAUUGCAGCCACCAAAGAGAGCCUCUUGAGAUAAUCAACGAAGUGAAGUGAUAGAACACGAGACGAAGAAUGAGCUCAUGGGUUUGCUCAUACGUGACCCGAAACGUCGUAAAUUUACAUCCUUUCUCAUUAACCAAACACUUUGAUUUUCCGGCGACGAUUCGGAGAAGACCAGUCAGCUUUCCGAUAACAUCGGCGCCGAAAUUUCCGUCUUUGAAACUCAGAAAUUCUCAAUCUUCGACCCAUGAAGGGGAAGAAGGCUCAGAAUCAUCCGUACAAGCCCUCACGAUUCCAGAAGAGUGGUUGCUCCCUUCUAGGGCCAUUGAGGAAUCUGAAUGGUUGAGAGUAACUCUACACAAAUGGUUGGAUGAUGAGUAUUGCCCUGAGCCAACCAAUGUGGAGAUCAGUGAAGUAGCUGCCAAGUCAUAUUACAGUUCAUUGCUUGAGAAAGAAACUGACAUGGGAGAGAUUUUGUUGAAGAUGGCUCAAGAUUUAACCUCAAUUUCAUACCAAGAAAGCUUCCAUGGAGCUUUCACAUCCGCAAAUGCAGCUAUAAAUUUGAUUGUUGACAGAAUAGAAACCGGCCUACUCUAGUCUAGCGACUCUAGUCUAGUUUAGUUUAGUUCACUUGAAGGUUUCAAGAACAGUGUCAUUGUAAAUUAUGAAUCUGAGUUUUGUUACUUCACUUGGUCAGGUGCAGGGAAAUCUAACGUCUUUACACU